UUCUAUCCAUUUUACAUUCAGGUUCUUUCAAAAACAAUCGUAUCUUUUCCGCAGAAACGUCUCAAGAUCCCUCCGUUUCGAGGAAUCAAGCAACAAGCAUAUUCGAUCGUUUCUCGCUUUGUCGCUUGACUCCUCGCGUGAGAUCGCUGGACAUGUUGGCACCACUGUCGAUUGAUCGCACGUAUUUUACCCAGAACGUAUAUCGUAUAUAUUUAUUCGUGGGUCUCUUCGGGCGAAUGUAAACAGAAUUUUUUCCACAAAUAUGAAGUGACACGACCGAUUUCUACGGCUGUGAUUCGUGAUACCGUGACGCGAUUACGUGUUUACGGUGGUGUCUCGCGAAAAGUCCGUGCGUAUUGGAACUCAAAGCGCUUUACGGUGGCUAGAAGAUAUAUUCAGUGGGUAGAACAGGUUCGUGUUCGACCAUCCCGUAGUGUAGUUAAGUUUGGUGAAGUGGACUGGAGACGAAUAUAGUAUACAUGGUGGCACGAUGAGAUAUCUGCGUGAACUCGUUGAUCACUCACUAACGUAAUGGGAGCGCAAGAUGUCUUCGACCAAAGUUUGUCUUAUAAGACUUCCGCAAGAAAUGUUUCAAUCCACAUUAUCAGAUUCGAAAAGUGCAUUGAAACAUGAUAUCGUUAAAUCUUUGGAUGCGCAUAGGAUGACAGAAUCUCUGUACCGUGUUUCAGAGAAAUGCGAAAGUAAAAGUAAUCAUGUAAAAAGUAAUGUUUGUCUCCCUCAGGAGAAAGGCACUAUCGACAGGAUAGAAAUUAAAUUGUGCGACGUAGCUGAAAUUUCAGCAAUUAUUAAACAUUCUCCUGGCGCAUGUUCGAUCGAUCGUUGCGUGUAUGGCGAAGAUGUUAAUCGUUGUGUUUGUAAUUGUGAUAUAAUGCAUUGUCAGAAACAGAAACAAAUCUCAAAUAGUUAUGUAUGUUCUAAUACAUGCAAUUUAUGGAAAGCUCGAGUGUACGAGCAUUUGCUAUUACCAAUUACAAAGAAAGUUGGUACACAGUGGAGGAAUUGUUUUUGGAGAACAUUUUUAAUCCCUUUUAUUGUUUUAUUGUGUACAACAUUGUGUAAUGCAGAUCCCAAUCAGUGUGCAAUCGGUCUCAAAACGCCUGGAAGAACCUGGCCUCAAGGUGACAUUGUUCUUGAACACGGUCAAUCUUUGAGAAUACUUUGUAUAUUAAAUCAAACGUUUGUGGAUACUGAAUUUCCUGGUGGAAAUGCCUCGGAUCUAGUAUUCUUUCGUAACAAAAAAGAGAUGGAACCGCAAUUUAUUACAAUUAUUAAUGAAACCACAAUAUCAUUAGACGUGGAAAGACCUCCACCUGCAGAAGAUAUGUAUUACUGUAAAUUAAGGGUACACAAUGAUAAAAAUAAACAAUACGAAGCAGUUUGUUUGAACAAAGUUGUAGUUGGAUUCAAACCUCAAGAGCCAGAAAAUUUCACUUGUGUGUCUCACAAUUGGGAGAACAUGACCUGUUCGUGGGAUCCUGUACAAAACUACGUUACAACGAGAUUCACGCUUGUGUUCAAAUUGCCGGGAAGAGCCGGAGGACGAAAGUUGUAUCCGUGCCCUAAAGAAAAUCAGAAACCAAAUAUAUGUUUGUGGGAUACGUCUACGAAUCCAAUUUAUCGACAGCCAUACGAAUACUACACGUUCAUAUUAAAUGUGGAAAAUGUGCUAGGGAACGCCAGUUUCCAACAUAAAUUUCAUCAUUUUGCUCACGUUAUUCCUGCAAAACCAGCUAAUCUGUCGGUUAUUAACAAAACAUCAGACAGUGCAUUGUUACACUGGAGUGUACCUUUUCCAAUGCAGACCUUUCCGCCUGGUUUACAUCACAGAAUAAGGUACCAGAAUCAAUGGGAUCACCAGAAAAAUUGGCAGGUGAUCAACAUUACAAAUGACAUUCACAUGCAUAAGAGGUACUAUAAUCUUACCGGGUUGGAGUACGCUAACACUGGCUACGAUGUACGAGUUUUUAUGAAAAGUGCUGUCGCGACAGGGGAGGAUAAAUGGAGUCAAUUCAGCGACGUCACUUUCAGAACACCGCCAAGAUUACCUGGCCGUCCUCCAAAAACCGAUAUUGGAAGCUUCGAAAUAGCGGAAAAUAGCGCUAACAGGGACGUGUAUUUGUAUUGGCAAGCCAUACCGCAAUAUUUAGAAAAUGGCGAUAAUUUCAAGUACGAGAUCCAUCAUGUGGAGGAGAACGGGCGGAAAUUGUCGCUCGUUCCUAACGAGACCACAACGACUUACGUCAAGGUCAAAGGGAUUAGUUUCAAUAGUUAUAGAUUCGAAAUCGUUACAACGAAUAUUGUCGGGCCCAGUAAGGAGCGGGCUAAGAUUUUUGUACCUAGUCAAUACGAGAUACCGCACGAGCCCAUAGCGUUUACUAAAAUAGCGUUCGACGGUGGCCUGUACGAGCUGUCCUGGAAGCCACCGAUUAUGAACACAGAAGUCACGAAUUACACAAUUUUUUGGUGCGAUAACGUGCGCGACCGUCCUUAUCAGUGCACCGGUUAUCUGGACUGGGUGCACGUAUCGAGAAACACAACGAUUUACAACAUGACCGUCCCGGAUCCCAACAAAUUCUAUCAAUUCGCGAUCUCCACGAACACGAACAAAGGUAGCAGCGGAAUGGUGUGGGCGUCGUGCACCGUGAUCUACAACAAAGUUAUCGGGAAAAUGAAGUCCGUGUGGAUAAAUCGUAUUGGCUCCGAUUUCAUCGAGGUCGGCUGGAAACUCGAGUGUUCCGAUCGGAUUGGAAUCGUGGAAGGGUUCAAUAUUUACUACUGCCCUAUUGUCUCGCCGUACAAUUUGAACUGCAAGGGUUCGAAACUGAACACGACGAUAAGAGCAGACCCCCACACCAUACAUGGAAUAGUAAAUAAUUUAAAACCAUACACAACGUACAUGCUGGUGGUUGCUGUUUUAACUAAAAGCGGAGAAGGUGUGCACAGUGAUCCUUUGUACAACACAACGCUGGAGGCUGCUCCAACGACUCCUCCGCAGGAUGUGAAAAUCAUCAACGUGACAAACACCACGAUGUUCAUCACGUGGAAACCGCCAGACGCCAUGAACGGUGUGCUACGGUACUACGAAGUGUAUUACAACAAAGAGGCCCAAAAAGUCGAAGAAGCAAAUCACAUAGAGCUGAAGAAUCUUCUAGCGCAUACGAAUUACAGCAUCAGCGUGGCAGCGUGCACCGUGUCUUGCAGCAUAAGAUCACCCGUGAUCCACAAAGUCACGAAGAUCGGGGUACCGGGAAGAAUAAACGUGCCCAACGUUCGCUUCAUGAACUCUAGCCAAGUGGUUGUAAUUUGGAACAAGCCUCAAUAUUCAGCUGGUCAUUUGAACUAUUACGAAAUAUGCUCCAACGAUGGCGAGGUUCAAAACAGCACUAGGACAGAAGCUCAGUUGCCUAUUCCCGACUGCAAGACCGUAGGGCGCGAACGGCUGUAUCAAUUUAGGGUAAGAGCUAUUAACAUUGCGUCGGACAACACACAUUUGAAGGGCCCUUGGUCCGAACCUGGCGAGGGAAACUGUUACAGCGAUGGACCAUCGUUUAGUGUGUGGGUUAUAAUAUGGGUAAUAGGAGGCGUCAGUAUUGUCGCAAUCCUUCUCUGUCUUGGACACUUGUCAAAGAGGAUGUGGUUGAAGUGCAAGGCGAUGCAGGACGUUGAAGUGAAAUUGCCGCCAGGAUUGGCGCCCAAUAUGGUAAUAUGCACUCUUUAUGAGAACGAGUGUCGUAUCGCUGAUGGAAGAUUCAAAUUUGCCACAUUCUUGUUGCAGAAACUUCUUCAGAAAGUUGGCGAGCAACACAUACGGCAGUCUUCUGCCGAUUCAAGCGGUUGUUCCAGCGGUCAGGAAUCCGUUACCUCGUCCCUCACGUCGGAUUCUCAGGUUUCUAGCGACAGCGGUACAGAAAUUGACCCGAUGCCGGUGUCGCCCAAUAAAUUGUUGGAGACACUGCCGGCUUGGGAGUCCUCGAGUUUGCGUCAGAGGAAUGUUGGAAUCACCAGGCCAGUGUUUACCACGGAGACAGCACGGUGGGAACCGUACGUGAAGGUUGCAAAGUCUGGGGAGCCCAUCAUCGGAGACACAUUGUCCCUGGCGCGAUCCACGCCAAAUUUAACCGACAGCACAGGCUAUACAACUUCCCAACAUACAUGGUCCUCGACUGGUUACAUCAGUAUGCCAUCGUCGGAGGAACUGUCGAGCAAUCCGAGUCCUGUUCCUAAAGAAACUUCAACCGCUGGUGGCUACAGCGUUAUAGGAUCGGUACCGAAGCCAGUGAAAACAAAGUCGGAGGAUGACAGUGAUUUAACGGAGUCCACCGCGGACACGCUGAUACCUAUCAAAGCGGAUAGCAAGCCAGCGAAUCCGUACAUAACUUUAGCCUCUUUGGAACAAAAACAAAAGGACAAGAAGACGAUCGACGCCCUGCGCGAUCUGGACGAUCUGACGUUCGCGGAGCCGAACAAAUCGAAACUGGAGUCUCUGAUUCCGUUCUCCGGCUCUGAUAAAACCUCCAAGCCGUACGUGCAAACGGGUUUGAUCGAUUCGUUGAAGAAACCGUUUGCAUUAGGUGGCAUGGACGGUGCUAGAAGCGCGACGAUGUCGACGCCGUUCACGUCGACGUCUUUGACCGAUUCGUGCAACAAACCGUUCGUUUCCUCUUUCGUGAACCCGACGUCUCUGCCGUCCACGUUGGACUCCUCGUCGAAACCGUACGUUUCCGUGUCCUCGAUUCCCGAGGUGUCGAAAAAGUCGAGUUUCCAACCGACCGUCUCGGAGGCCCAGAAGCCUGGUGGUCAUCAAGCUUCCACGGUCGACGGUUCGAAGCCGUACGUUCUGGCGAGCUCCGUGUUCCAGAUGCUGCAACAGCAGCAGAUGGGUAAACCGGAAGUGUCCAUUUCGGAGGCGAUGGAGGAUCGAAGCGACGAGGACGCCAUGACAGCGUAUCCUCUGUGUUGGCAGACGGGUGAUACAAAACCAAGCUCGAAAUUGGACGCGGAGAAGCCUGUCAUCGCGACCAAACAGAGCGCUGGUUACGUUACCAUUGCGGAGAAUCCAAAGUUAGAUCAGCACAGAUCAUCGACGGUGUCGUCGCCGUACGUGCAGCACGAGAGGUUCGAGAAACCGUUGCCGCAGAACGCCAUUGGACAGUCGGACGAACAGUACAGCAAAGUGACUGUUGUGCCAAGUACUAUUCAAUGAAACGGAGGAAGUGUUUCGUACGAGUUUCCGUCGACGCGGGAAUCUCUUCCUGGCGGAUCAAAGUGGUGCAAUACGAUUUCACAUUUGUAGGCGAGCUCUGCAUUUGUUCUCGCGUGUAAUAGUAUUUAGAUACGAAGAUCCAAUGAAUACUAAAUUGAAACACGGAGGAAACCGGUGCGUCCUGGUAGGUGUACGAGAGUAAUUGUGUUUUCCGGGAUCCUGCCCGGAAACAAAAUGGCUAGACGCCACGUUACGACUGAAAACAUGAUCGAAGAAUAUACCACGAUAUAUUCGGUACGAGGACAUGCCCGUAAUGACCUCGUUUGUGAAAGUAUGUACAAAAUGAAUUACUUUUUGUAUCGCAUAUCGUGCAAUGUGAUGUUGGAGAUCACUGGCGACGCCAUAGCGUAAGGAUACCGUAGUUUAAGUAAAUUAUGUGGCAUACGACCAUCGAGAGACAACUUGUGUCGGGAAAAUCAAAUUUCUUCGCUGACUAUCUAUGGCAGUAUAAUAAUUCUCAUUGUAGGGGAAUCGUUAUUUAAUAAUCGUGAAGCUUUUAAGCAAACUCUUUCUAAGAAUGUUAACGUUUAGAUGUACGGUGCGAGAUAAGAAAUUUUUUUUAAACUGAUUUGGUUCGAGUGUCGUGUCAAGAAUGAAUCACAUGCAUGAUAAUAACGUUCAUAGCGAUGUAUAUAUUUUUUAAAGUCCACAAUGAAAUUUUUCAAACGACAAGUCAAUAGAAACUUUGUAUAUUUGUUUUAUUCGAGAAACUUAUGGUUCUUUGGAGCAAAGCAAAUAUUCAUGAUCAACCGAAGGAAUCGCUUGCAAUUUUGAAUUUCUAUAUUUUUUUGCGAUCACCGCGACAAAAAUAGAAAUUUCUGCUACUAGAAUCCACAGAGUUACAACGAUCUUCGCUGAACCGCAUCCGAACGCGCAAUUUGUUUAUCUUGUACAUAUAAGUUACAAAUCGUUCCUGUAGUAUUUUACUAUCGCUAGUAAUGAUUGACAGAAAAUAUGCAGUAAAAAGGAAACUAUGAUAACAAGUACAGGGUCAAGGAUAAUAAGAUAAGGAAAGAUUAAUCAAAGUGCAGUUCUGAUUGCGAGACCAGUUAGAUUUUUGCAUGUUUCUUACAUAUUUCAUUAUCUGUUAAAAAAAACUUAAACACCAGAGAACAACGUUCUAUAUUGUUUCCAUUUUAAAUGUCGAUUGGGCAUUUUUAGUAGUUUCAAUAAUUUUUAAACGGAACAAACAGUUUGAUACAUCAAUUUUAAAUCAACAUCCAGCAAACAAACAAAUUAUUUUAAACGUUGUUACAUUUUCUCAAUAUAAAUGUCAUUUUAAAGAUAGAAAAUCAUUCGCAAACUUUAAAUAGAUUAUUUCUACGGUCAGCCGGAGUUUUGAACGAAUUAGGAAAUAUUAGAAUGUUGUGGGAGCGCUGGUGCAACAGUCGAGCAGUCUACUUCGCAGAAAUUUUAAGGAACUAUGCAAUGCCAUUGAAACAUUUAUGUUAUAACAAGAAUAUAUGCAGGACGCUGUCGAAUAACAUGUAGAAGCUUAUGGGAUGUGAUUCCUUAUAAAAGAAUAGGAAGAAUAUAUAUUUUUUUUUUAUUCUUUACAUAAGAAAUCACCAUUCACAUGUGCAUGUUAUUCGACUGCACCCUGUGUGUAUAUAUAUAUAAAUAUAUAUAUAUAUGCAUAAUACCUUAAGCUAGUCAUUGACGGGGUACAUGAGUUUUUACAGGCCUUUUUUAACUCUUAUUAUUUCUACUUUAUAUCAUCAAUUUUUUAGAAGCUUUAAUCUAUGGUAAUAUUACCACUUUGUUGGCGACCAGGGCAUAUCAUUUAAUCUUAAAGCAUUAUAUUACAUUAAAUCGAUAUACAACUCUUAAUCAGUAUAUUAAUCAACGUCUGCAUUAAUCUAUUUGCAACGAGAAUAUUAUAUAAGCUGAAGGUCAUUAGGAAAGGAUCGGGAAUCGAGAGAGAAGUAUAAUUUUUUUUCGCAUCAUCAUGAACAAUUCCACGAUUGUGUGUAUCAAUCUGUAUUUUACCUCGUAUUGAAAAAAAAUUUAAUAACUUAAUUAUUAAUAAAUAUACCAGUACAAAAAAAAGGCCUGAGAGGAUUUAUAGCCGAGUUGUUUUACAAGUUCAAACAAUUUUCUAUCGACGAUCUUGUUGAAAGUAUUUGCGAACAAACGAAAAAAGAAUUAACGAACUUAUAUUGCUUGUACUUGUGAAAUGAUGUGUAACAAGUUUCAUGGAGUAAUUUUGGUGGUCCAUGGAACUGUCUCUGGAGCGAGCUUACGUAUACUCGUAUGUUAUUGUUGUUACUAAGAGAGGAAUCGCUAAUAUUUAAUGAAUCGCGUGUAAUAUGUAAAUGCUACUUAGUUUGUAACGAUAUUAAAUAGAGGGGAGGAAAAUACAAUCGAUGAACGUCUUUGGUGUAUUGCGAAAGCAUUGGAUCAAGGGAGUAUAUCCAUUAUAAUUGUUACGUAGCAACACGUGUGCACAGAGAGUGUUCGAAAGUGGCAUCACGGAGCAGGAAAAUUUUAAAUCGAAUGAUAAGAGAAAGGAUAUAUUAAUUAAUUGUAUAAUUGUCUUAUAGGAAGAGAGCGGGGGGGAGCAAAAAAUGCACGAAUGCACUAAAAGGUUUUGAAUAUGCUCAUGUUGAGGUAAUUAAGUAUUUUUCACGGUAAAGGCUUAUUAGAUUGAUUUAGAGGAAAUAAUCCAGCGCUACUACUUUGUUAGGUUUUACAUGUCUACAUUGUACAUACAAUAUAUAUCUAUUAUUAUCUAUUUUUGUUACAUAUUUAUAAAUGAGAAAAGAACUACUUUAUUGCACACCGAGUAUGUGCGCGCGGAUGUGUCUAUACGUAUGUGUAUGUAUGUAUGUGUAUAUAUAUUUAGCCCAGGCUAAAAGGUUUUAAACGAUGCAAUUAUGGUCUUAAGUGAUUUACAUGUAUAGAAGAUGUAUCAAUGACUUAUGAAUACGUGACACAUAUAAGACAUUUCUAUCAUUACAUUAUCUUUAUCGAUUAAUUUGCCUUGCAGUGAUCGAGCAUAUAUAGAACGCGUAUAUUCAUGAUUUCUUUUUUUUUUUUUUUAAUGUAAUCGAAUAAUUCUUGUAUAAUUUAGUUGAAUAAUUAAUAGUUCGUUAGGGAUGUUUAUAAUGUUUAUGUUACAAUCUUCAUUGAUACUGUGGGAGCUCGGUGUUUAUCAAUGAUGAAUUAAUAUUGACAAAAUCGUGUAUAAAGUCGAGGCAGUUCUAUACAGGGUGUUCGAUUAACCUUGGGAAAAAUUUUAUUGGGGGAUUCUGGGGGCCAAAAUAAGACGAAAAUCAAGAAUAGCAAUUUCUCAAUUGGGGUUUCGUUAAAAAGUUAUUAACGUUUAAAGUUACGCUUGUGAAACGGGAACCGCGCGCGCUGCGUGCGCGGAGCUUUAAACGUUAAUAACUUUUUAACGAAGCCUUAAUCGACAAAUUAGUAUUCUUCAUUUUUGUCUUAUUUUGGCCUCUAGAAUCCCCCAUUAAAAUUUUUUCCAGGAUUGAUCGAACACCCUGUAUAUUAGAAUUACUUUUAUGUAGUAAAUGCAAUUGUGCAAUGACUUGCGAAUAAUCGAUUAUAUGUAAAUAUUAACCAUUUAAUUUUUCUCUCUUUUUACGUGUAAUAUAAUGGCGUUGAAUCAUGUUCAUUCGCUGAGCUCCCCUGGUUGUAGAUUUUUUUUUAUAUAUAUUCAGAGUGCAGUGAAUUGUUGAUACAGAUUACCAGAUUUUUGAUUACAAUAUUUGUUGUUGACGUAGUGGGGGGAAAAAAAGUGUUCGAAAAUUAUACUCUUACGUAUUUUACGUGACUGUUUAUUUUGUGGAUUUAUUUGGAGGCUCGAUCGUUCGCAGAAAGCUUCGUUAUUCACGGUAAACGUUUAAUGAUAUUCGCGAGUAGAGAAAAUUUUAUUUAAAUUUGACCGACAUUGGACAUUUUCGAAAAUGAAGUUAUUUUUUUUUGCAGAAAUAUACAGAAGACACUGCGUUAAGAUCAAUCAUGGGAUACUGUGUAACUGCAAAUAUUUUUUUUCGCUGGUUAAAGUUAUAAAAUUAAGCAAAUUAAUACUCGAGAGUAUGUCACUGUGCUAAAUAGAAACAAUCGAUUUUAUAAAAUUUGAUAACAGUAUUCCAGGAUCGAUAAAUCGAUAACACAGUUGCGUCAAACUAACUCCAUACUAAUUCUUAAUGAGAUCUUGUACAGAGUAUUGUAAAAUAUAUUUUUACUACAUUUUUUUUGGUUUUAUUAUUUAUUUCUUAUAUACACGGAAAUUGCGCGCAAGUUUGUAUUUGUACGACCGCUGUUCUUAUGCCAUUACAUAUGCCAUGCCGUUUAGGCUUGCCAUUCAACGAAGAUUUAUUUUACAAUCCCAAAGUUGUUUUGUUUUCAAUACUCAUACACGGAUCGUAGAUACAAAAA